AUGAAUAAUUCUGAUAGUGUUCAUUAGGAAGAUCUUUCUUUGAAGGCCAAUUCUGAAAUCUUGUAGUCUCCUGAAAAAAAGGAGCAAAGAACACGGAAUAAUGUAAUUCCUGGAAUGUUUCAAGAAUAUAAAAGAACCUAUAUCAAAGUCCCUUAAGAAUCUAAAGAACGAUUACACCAACUUGUAUUCGAGGAAGGAUUUAAAAUUAAAGAAGCAGCUAAGAGACUUUUGAUAAAAUAUGCCACAGCAAAAACAAUAGUAUUUCAUCAAAGAAAAAAGUUUGAAAAAGAAAAGGAGUCAUAACUUAAAUUUUGCAGGUGUGCCAAAUUAGAAGGGAAGAUCUCCAUAAAAUUAAGAAUCAUUUCAAUCAUACAAAAAAAUCUUAUUUCUAAUGUUGAAUAUAAAGUCCAACAUCAAUCAAAUGGUUAAUGCUAUGAACAAAUAAGGGACUGA